AUGACUCGCCAGGUGAUCAACUCCUGCGCGACUUGCAAGAUCUUCCACAGCGAGGCUGCCAACCUACCGACACCUCCGCUACCCUCCUUCCGACUCGAAGAAGCACCCCCGUUCUUCCACACGGGAUGCGACUUCAUGGGCCCGAUCAGAGCCGCGAAAGAGCUGAAACUCAUCUACGAACACAUCAAGGAUGGAGAAAUCAAGCGCUCGGUCGUCCCACACUUCCGUGACCUAGAAAUCAUUAUCUCAGGCAUAGAAGCGAUGGUGAACAGUAGACCAAUCACCGCGGUAGCCUCAGGGGCAGACGAAGUGGAAGCCCUCACCCCAGAGAACCUCUUAUUCGGAUACAAGGGAAAGACAAUAAUCCCAGAACACCUCUCGAAACCCAAGAAAUCAAUGGACUCUGACAAGGCCAUUUUCUCGAGGAGAUGGAGGUACCAACAACGACUCCUUAACUCAUUCUGGAAACGAUACCAUGAAGAGUACCUCCAAUUUCUCAAGGCAGCCCAUGAGCAGAAACCAAUCUCGGCAAGGCCUCUGAAAAUCGGAGACGUAUGUCUGCUCCAAGGAGAAAGUUUCAACAGAGCACUCUGGCCUCUAUGCAGAGUGAUCUCAUUCCCCGAGAACAUCAAACCAGAAAACGCCAGAUCCUGUUUCAUCAAAACAGCCAAGGGUCAGACCCUCAACCGUCCCAUCAGGAAAUUAUUCCCUCUGGAAGCCUAA